AUGGCAAAGGGGAAAAGGGCAAUUGAGGAAUCCAAUGGCGCGGAAUUCCAGCACGAGGGAAUCUCGCUGACGGAGGAACAAUGGGCAAUUUUGCGCGGUCUUGUUGACGACAUUGACCAGUCCAUAGCUCGACUAGAACCAGAGACCAAGAAGUUUAAGAGCGAGGAAAAGGUGGUCGAUAGCGAAGACGAGGACCAAGAUUCCCCCGCCGCGGUUAAGUCAGAACAACAAACGUCAGACGAAACGUCACAAGAAUAA